AAGUGAAAGCACAAGGACAAACCUUCCCAUACUUAAUUCCUUUGUCCGACCUCCAAAUUUAAAGAUACCAAACACCAUUACCAACAAAUUUACAUUACCCUGGUUUUGGCAUCCCCCCCCCCCAACAAAUGAUCACAUUCUCACCAAUGAAAUCGCCACCGCUGCCGCCUCCACUGAUCUACCCACUCUUUUUUCAUACCCUUCUUUAUUUAUUCAUCCAUGUCCAAGCCAACUGCAAAACCGGAUGCAGCCUCGCUUUCGCUUCGUAUUACGUAUGGGAAGGAUCCAACCUCACUUACAUCAGUACCCUCUUCAACAAACCAAUCUCCGAUAUCCUUCCGUACAAUCCCACCGUUUCGAAUCCGGAUCAAAUCGAUACCGGGACCCGGAUCCACGUUCCGUUUUCGUGCGACUGUUUGAACGGGGAUUUUUGGGGUCAUACUUUUGGUUAUUUGACGCAGUUUGGGGAUACGUAUGAUAAGAUUGCUAGCAACGCUUAUGUGAAUUUGACGACGGAGGAUUGGGUACGGAGGGUUAAUAUUUAUGAUCCGACCAGGAUACCUGACGGUGAAGUUAUUAAUGUUACGGUGAAUUGUUCGUGCGGUGAUCGACGGGUUUCGAGAGAUUAUGGGUUGUUCGCGACGUACCCUAUUCGACCCGGUGAGGAUUUGGAGGUCAUUGCGGCGGAGGUGAACGUGGCGGCGGAGCUGAUACGGAGGUAUAAUCCGGCGGUUAAUUUUAGUGCUGGGACUGGACUCGUGUUUGUGCCGGCAAAAGACCAAACUGGAAAUUUCCCACCAUUAAAGAUCAGCACAACUGGGAUCUCGAGUAAAGUUAUCGCCGGCGUAUCUAUUGCCGGUGGCGCUUUGCUGUUAGGAUUUUUCGUACAUGCAGGCAUUUACAGAAGAAAGAAAGUCGUCAAAGCUUCGUUACACCCAGAAGCAUCACCGGACCACUACAUUCAACUCGGACACGGUGCCGGAGGUACCCUGAAGAAUAAUUCAGAAACGACCGCUCUCGUCACUUCUCCGGGCCUCACCGGUAUCACAGUGGACAAAUCCGUUGAGUUCUCAUACGAAGAGCUUGCCAAAGCAACCGAUAACUUCAACAGUGCUAAUAAGAUCGGACAAGGAGGCUUCGGUUCCGUUUACCUCGCUGAAUUACGAGGCGAGAAAGCUGCAAUCAAGAAAAUGGAUAUGCAAGCAUCAAGGGAAUUCCUUGCUGAACUAAAGGUUUUAACACAUGUUCAUCAUUUGAACCUGGUUCGUUUAAUAGGAUAUUGUGUCGAAGGUUCCUUAUUCUUAGUCUACGAGUUCAUCGAGAACGGUAAUUUAAGCCAACAUUUACGCUGGCGAGAUAGAGACCCGUUGCCAUGGUUAGCAAGGGUGCAAAUCGGUUUAGACUCGGCCAGAGGACUCGAAUACAUCCAUGAACAUACUGUCCCUCUCUACAUUCAUCGUGAUAUAAAAUCGGCAAAUAUUUUAAUCGACAAGAACUUUCGAGCUAAGGUGGCUGAUUUUGGGUUGACGAAACUAACUGAAUACGGAAACACUUCGUUGCAAACACGUCUCGUUGGUACUUUCGGAUACAUGCCACCAGAAUAUGCUCAAUAUGGUGAGGUUUCCCCUAAGGUCGAUGUAUAUGCUUUUGGAGUUGUUCUCUACGAACUGAUUUCCGCCAGGGAAGCUGUCGUCAAGACGAACGAAGAAGUAACUGAAUCAAUGGGACUCGUCGCAUUGUUCGAAGAUGUUCUAAACCAACCCGAUCCAAGACAAGAUCUGCAAAAACUAGUUGACCCCAGACUCGGCGAUAACUACUCUUUUGAUGCCGUCUUCAAGAUGGCACGUCUCGCCAAGGCUUGUACGCAAGAAAAUCCUCAGCUGAGACCGAGCAUGAGAACUAUUGUCGUCGCACUUAUGACACUGUCGUCUUCAACCGAUGACUGGGAUGUUGGCUCGUUAUACGAAAAUAAAGCUCUAAUGGACCUCAUGUCGGGAAGGUAGCUUAGCCAUAGUCAUUAAAGGGGUUAAUCAAUGAAUAGGCUGUGAAUACUUUAAAUUUUAAUAGGCUAUGUACAGUUUCUUUCAUCAAGUUCCUUUUAUUCUGUGUUAAGUUUUUCCCAAGAAAUAUUUUAGGGUUAAAUUGGUGAUGAUGAGAGACAACAAAGCAAAAAAGAUAUAAUUAUUGUUGUUUA